UUAAUACGUUUUGAAAUGGAUAGUGCACGAAGUUUCCUCUGUUUUCUUACUGUUUAUAUCGCGUUCCAAAGACAAAUUAAUAUAGUUUCAGGACAGAAUGUGUCGGAGGGCAAGCCAAUCUCGAGCGGCGCCCCGUCAAAGCCCGUCGCCGUCUUAUCUACGACCACCCGAAAACCGUUUCUCCAGUCCCCGUUCCGUGUGCCCUGCUCCUGCUCCCAGGGACAGUGCGGAUGCUGCACCGGAUACAUCCUGGACCGACUCAACCAAAAGGCCUGCGUCAAUAUGACCUACGAGCCGGAGGAAUUCGCCGUCACUGCAGUCAUGUCCCUCAACGGGGUGCCCUUUUACAAGAACUCCAUUUCAGGUAAAAACCCACCGCCUAUGUGCUUCCGACUGCCCCGUUUUCGCUUCAUCACUCUCUGCGUCGAGUUUUCCAACGUCUACUUCCUCAACCGCAACGUUCACCUUUGCGUGGAUGCCGAGGCGAACUGGUCAGACUUCACCCUUGUAGAAUGGUCCUUCGAUUGUGUCCGUAUGGGUCUGUCCGGAUUCCAAAUUGUUAAUCAGGAAGAUGGCGGUGGUUUGCCGGAGAAGCCCAUCGAUUCGGAAGACCAAACCGACGAAGACUACGAUGAUAGUGCCCGAAAUAUCCCGAUUGAGAAGGGAUUGAGUUAUGACAAAGGAUCGAGAAUUAUAUUUCAUCGCAGUUUACAGCGACUCGAAGGCAAAUCGCCUGAUAGACGAUUAGUUUCAGUGAAAAGGGUGGAAGGUGAAAGGUUUAUUAUAGCAGCUUCUUUCAGGUAGCCGAUGCUCUAAAUAUAAUUAUACACCCAAAGUUUCAUAUCACGUUAGCUUCAAUUUACAACCUGCCUAAUUUAUAUUCCUCGACCUUUGUUUCUCCUUAGACAACGGACACCAAUUUGUCAUUAAAUCAAACAUGACACAUUUAUAUGUUACAAAUCUUUUUAACCUAACUAAUUUAAAAUGCAUAAAGAUAACGCUUAAAGUUUUUUUUUCUAAAGGCUCCAAUUUUUUUGAUAAAUUUAUACAAAGAUAGAGAACAAAUUUUAAAUGUGUAACACUAUUUAGCAAUGUUUUAACAACCUCUGUUUAUUUUUACACAAUUGUUAUCAAUUUGCCUUUAAGUCAAAAACAACCAUUUUGACAUUAAAUAAUUUAGGAAAAGAAUAACGCUUAAAGCUUCUGAAGAGCUCCAAAAUUACUUACUAAAUUUCAAAUAUUAUUAUACAAAGAUAUAGAGCAGAUUUAAAACAUGUAAUACUAUUUAGCAAUGUUUUAACAAGGGCUGACGAACACAUACGCAAUGAGUAUAUUAGACUGUUAAAUUAUAUUUGCCUAAACCAACUGGCCUUGUCAUAACGUAUUUUCAUUCAAUGGGUCGAAUGUGUUUUCAUAAUAGCUAACAACAGCAAUAUUGGCUUUUAAUUGACCAAACAUAUCAAUAUUUUAGAUAAUAUUUGUGUGUAAUGCUAAUAGGAAUAGGUAUUUGAUUUAUUUUUAGAAUUUUAACGCAUUCUCUCAAGUCACAUUAUGAUGAG